AUGGCUCUCAAGAAGUUGCUGCAGCUCUUUUGUGUCGGGAAGAAGGAUUCCAAGAAGAAAGGCAAAUCCAUCGACCCACUCUGGCGAGCCUCUGCUUCCCGCUCCUCUGUGAGUGUCACUGCAAACAAGACUCGUUUGGAUCCCUGUUCAAGUGGGACUGGCACUGUAUGCGUGCAAAACCAUGAACCUGAAUGCUCAAGUAUGGUUUCCUCAUGGGCAAGGACAGAGCAUGGAACUGAGAAUACUGAUCAUAUGUCCUUUAGUCAAUUUGAUGUUGUCCAAGAUUUCUCGGAUCACCACUAUGCAAAGACUUCAGCAGGAAAGGUCACCAAAGAUUGGGUGAAGUCAAUCCAAAGUGAAUGGAAUCUUCUACAGAAAAACCUACCUGAAUCAAUAUAUGUUAGAGUUUAUGAGGACAGGAUUGAUCUGCUCAGGGCUGCAAUAGUUGGGCCGGCUGGAACUCCAUAUCAUGAUGGUCUGUUCUUCUUCGAUGUCCGUUUUCCUUCUGAAUACCCGAAGUGCCCACCAAAAGUUUACUACCACUCGGGUGGACUUCGGCUAAACCCAAACCUGUAUGAGAGUGGGAAAGUCUGCCUGAGCCUUCUGAACACCUGGUGGGGCAAUGGAUGCGAGAAGUGGGGCAAGUCGAAUUCCACCCUGCUGCAAGUUUUGGUCUCCAUCCAGGGCCUUGUGCUGAAUGAUAAACCAUACUUCAAUGAGCCAGGAAACAAAAGUUCAGCUCAAACAACAGCUGGUGAAAGGUAUUCCUUGGCUUACAAUCAGACGGCCUUCGUCAGAUCAUGCAAGACAAUGCUGUAUUCACUCCGGAAGCCUCCAAAGCAUUUUGAGACCCUUGUAAUGUGCCACUUCCACGAGCAUGAGCGCGCCAUCCUCGACGCCUGCAGCGCUUACAUGUCUGGGACAAUCGUUGGGUCAUCUGUUGGGAGCAACCUCAAAUAUGUCCGUGACAAGUGCUUUGCAGAUUUCCACAAGUCGCUGACGCUCUACACUGAACAUCUCAGGACUGAGUUUGCUGCAAACAGAAGACGCGUGCUGGAGCUGGAGAGAGAGGCGUCAGCUGUGCAAGUGCAGGAGAUCGUGUGCCUAGCAGCUAGAGUUCUUUUGUCAAAACAAACAUUGCUAACUGGCAAGUGA